GUUUAAUAUAUAACAAAUAUUCAAGAUUUAAAUGAAAUAUCUAACAAUAAAUUUAAUAUAUAACACAUAUUGAAGAUUUAUAAAUUCCCGUAUGGUUUAGUAUAAGACAGAUUCCAAAUAAUAAAUUAAUAAUAAAAAAAAAAUUGGUUUAUGCAAAUAAUACGAAAAUUUAAAAGCUAAUUUUUAAGAUGCAGAGUUCGAAAAAAAAUAUGUGAAUCCAACUCUUCAAUUCUUGAAAUAACUCACUCAAUAAUCUCUCGAUUUUAUAUAAUAAAUAUUUUACUUACAUAAAAAAAAUCCAUUUCGGAUUAAGAAUUGCACCAGUUCUUCAAUACAAAUAUAGUUCUUCAAUAAAAAUUCUCCUAAGAUGACCAAAAAUUAAUAUCUAGCGAAAUUGUUCCUCCACCAACUAGGUUUAAUGGGAAAGUCCUAGCCGCAGUUAAAUCUAUACUUCAUGCCCGAAUCGCCAGCGAAAACUUUCGCAUUUGUAGGGAAACCAUUUAUGAAGCAAAAGAAAGAUUGGAAAGUAAUAAAUAAGUGAUAGCAAAAGUGAUGUAAGAAGUUAUUACGUGGGGAAAGUCGGCGAAAGUCGGUGGGGAGGAAACUUUUGAAGUGUAACUUAUUUUAUUUAAUGGCAUGUAAUUGACUUUGGCUGGACAAUUUGAGCGCCACUUGGUGCAGCAAUUAAACCGUCCAACGAUGACCAAAAUUGCAGCUGUCGCCGCGAAUUGCGGCAAAUUGCGGUGCAGACAACAGCGAAUGGGCGCAAAAUGAAGCAAAAGGUGAAGAAGUCGAAUCAAUUAUGCAUUGAUAUGCCAAAAAACCAAAAAAACCAACCAAAAAGUAAGAGCUCAAUUAUAUUUAAUGUCGUUAUGCCGUGCCAAUUGCUGGCGCGGCUUCGGUAUAAAUACUGCCGGUUAACGGAAGCGUUAUGCAAAGGACUCGCAAAGGACACAGCCAGAGCAUCAGCAUGAACUCGUUAAUAUUCCCAGAACUUCUGGUGCUGCUCUUGCUGACAGCGACGACAUCAAUGUCAGGCCACGUGUCAUUGCCAGCUGACGCAGCAAUCCCCAGUGGACAGCAGCAGCAGCAGCAGCUGCCCAAAGGAGAUCAGUGGGGCAAUCAAUUGCCGGAUAUGCUAGUCGCUUACUAUCGCCACCAUGGCGUGCACAUUCUGAUGCUCGUUGUUUGUCACGCGGACAUUGCUGCGUCACGUCUGCAUUUGCUCCUACAACACUUUAUGGCGCACGACAUCUAUGUGCAGCUCUGGACGGAGCAUUGUCUGAAUGAUCUGCAACAUGUCAGCAAUGAGACGCAGAUGGACAGUGACUCACAGGUGCCCAAGCCGCCGCGCACCUUCUUCCCCAACAAUGACACCCACUGGGAGCUGGCUUUUCUGCUGCCCGGCCUCCACAACAAGCUGGGCAUCCUGCUGCUGCAGUUCAACAGCUCGUGUGCCCUGAAUCUGCUGCGCUGGUCAGCGGCCUGGGAGCACAAUUACUUUACCACCAAUCGCUUUUGGCUGCUGCUCACGCAGGAUAUGCAGGAUCUGGAGCUGCUUGCGGACGAGGAGAUCUUUAUACCACCCGAUAGCGAAUUGCGCGUGCUCUGGCAUAGUCCAGUCAUGCCCUUCACUGCAUCCCUGCUAGACGUCUACAAGGUGGCCGCCUGGAAGCCGCCCAAGAUUCGUUUGGUGGGCCAACAACUGCACAACUCUCGGCACAUCACGCAUGCGCUGCAGCAUUUCGGCUCAGCGAUCACAUAUAGACAGAAUCUGGAGGGCAUUAUCUUCAACACGGGCAUUGUGAUUGCCUUUCCAGAUCUCUUUACCACUGUUGAUGAUCUUUCAAUGCGGCAUAUCGAUAUCUUUUCUAAAGUCAACCAUCGUCUGAUGCUCGAGCUGGCCAAUCGUUUCAAUAUGAGCUACAACACCUACCAGACCGUCAAUUAUGGCUGGCGCCAGCCGAACGGCUCCUUUGACGGCCUAAUGGGUCGAUUCCAGCGUUACGAACUGGACUUUGCCCAGCUGGCGACUUUUAUGCGUUUGGAUCGUAUUGCUAUCUGCGACUUUGUGGCCGAAACGUAUCGUGUGAGAGCCGGCAUUAUGUUUCGCCAGCCGCCGCUGUCAGCUGUGGCCAACAUCUUCUCGAUGCCGUUCCAGAUAGAUGUUUGGAUCUCGAUAAUCGUGCUGGUGGUCAUAACUGUUGUAGUGAUGCUACUGGAAAUGCUCUUCUCGCCGCACACGCACAAGAUGUCCUACAUGGACUCGCUCAACUUUGUCUGGGGCGCCAUGUGCCAGCAGGGAUUCUACGUGGAUGUGCGCAAUCGUUCGGGCCGAAUCAUAGUCUUCACUACAUUCGUGGCCGCUCUCUUUCUGUUCACCUCCUUCUCGGCGAAUAUUGUCGCCCUGUUGCAGAGUCCAUCGGAUGCGAUUCAAACACUGGGAGAUUUGGGACAAUCGCCUCUGGAAAUCGGCGUGCAGGACACACAAUAUAAUAAAAUCUAUUUCACAGAGUCUACCGAUCCGGUGACCAAAAGUUUGUAUCACAAAAAGAUUGCCACGAAGGGAGAUAAUGCUUACAUGCGCCCGGCUCUGGGCAUGGAAAAAAUGCGCACUGGCCUGUUCGCAUACCAGGUGGAGCUGCAGGCGGGCUACCAGGUUGUCAGCGAUACGUUUAGUGAGCCCGAGAAAUGCGGACUGAUGGAGCUGGAACCAUUCCAGCUACCCAUGAUGGGCAUUCCCACACGCAAGAACUUUCCCUACAAGGAACUAUUUCGCCGACAAUUACGCUGGCAGCGCGAGGUGAGCCUGGUGAACCGAGAGGAGCGCAAGUGGAUACCACAGAAGCCAAAGUGCGAGAGUGGCGUUGGUGGCUUUGUGUCCAUUGGCCUCACCGAGUGCCGCUACGCGUUUCGCAUCUUUGGCUAUGGCACCGCGCUCAGCUUUGCUGUGCUCCUCUGCGAGCUGAUCCGUAAACACAGCAAAAACAUCUACAAAUAUUUCAAAGGUUCCAGACGUAUACAGCAUUAGCCUGCAUACAAUUUAUUGAUCAUUCGAUAGUUUAUAGUUUGCUUUGACGCCUGACAGCAAUGAACAUCACCUGAUUUCUCCACCUCAAUAUCCUCCUGGAAUUAGUGAUAGCGAUUGAUUUGCACUCAGAA